AUGGCGGAAGGAAUGGCUAAGGAUAAGGUGGAGGAGACAAGUGAGUUAGAAUGGGGCUUGUUACCCCCAGAAGAAUUUUCCCAAGUGAACGGAAUCAUUCUUCAAAAGAAAACAUGUGAUUUCUGGGAUAAGAUCUGGAACUUCCAAGCCAAGCCUGAUGACCUGCUCAUUGCUUCUUACCCCAAAGCAGGAACCACUUGGACACAGGAAAUUGUAGACCUGAUACAAAAUGAUGGAGAUAUUGAGAAAAGCAGGCGCGCUUCCAUUCAACUUCGACACCCUUUCCUGGAAUGGAUACGAAUGACACACUGUGGGAUUGACCAGGCUAACGCAAUGCCUUCCCCAAGGACCCUGAAAACUCAUCUUCCUGUACAACUACUGCCUCCAUCCUUCUGGGAGGAAAACUGUAAGAUAAUCUAUGUGGCCAGAAAUCCCAAGGAUAAUCUGGUGUCCUACUACCAUUUUCAAAGGAUGAACAAAGCACUCCCUAACCCAGGAAGCUGGGAUGAGUACUUCGAAACAUUCCUGGCAGGCAAUGUGGUAUGGGGGUCCUGGUUCGACCAUGUGAAAGGCUGGUGGAAGAAGAAAGACAGCCACCCCAUUCUUUAUCUUUUCUAUGAAGAUAUGAUGAAAGAUCCAAAACGUGAAAUUAGAAAGAUAAUGGAAUUCCUUGGGAAGAACCUAAAAGAAGAGAUUUUAGACAAAAUUGUCUAUAACACUUCAUUUGAUGUAAUGAAAAAGAACCCCAUGACCAACUACAUAAAUGAAAUUAAAAUGAAUCAUAAUCUCUCUCCAUUCUUGAGAAAAGGAGUUGUGGGAGAUUGGAAAAAUCAGUUCACUGAAGCUCAGAACAAGCAAUUUAAUGAACACCAUGAGAAAAAUAUGGCUGACACUUCACUGUCAUUUUGCAUGGGACUCAAAUAA